AUGGACAGGAGCACCAGCACCAGGGGCAUGGAGGGGCAGCUCAGGAGCCCCAGCCAGAAGGCGGAAAAUAAGCACGAGGAGAAGGUCCAGGAUCCCGACAGAGAGAAGGACGAGCCCAAGGCAGACAUGGGGAGCAAAAGUUGGGCAGAGCUGGCUGGGGAGAUGAAGAUAUUCCUGUGGAACCCGGAGGAGAGAACAUGCCUGGGGAGAACAGCCAAGAGCUGGGGCUUGAUCCUCCUGUUUUAUUUCAUCUUCUACACGUGCCUGGCGGGGAUGUUUGCCUUCUGCCUGUAYGCCAUGCUGCUCACGCUGAGCCCCUACACACCCAGGUUCCGGGACCGCGUGUCUCCGCCAGGAGUGAUGAUCAGACCGUACUUGAACGGCUUCACCAUCGCCUUCAACGUGUCCCAGCCCAGCACGUGGCAGCCCUACGUGGACAGCAUGCACCACUUCCUGGCAGCUUAUGAUGACAAAGUUCAAGAGGAGAAGAAUAUCGAGUGUGUCCCAGGACAGUAUUUCAUCCAGGGGGGAUAUGACAGCGUGGAGAAGAAGGCCUGCCAGUUCAAGCGCUCGCUGCUGCAGAACUGCUCUGGCAUCGAGGACCCAACGUUUGGCUUCUCAAAAGGGCAGCCCUGCAUCCUGCUGAAGAUGAACCGGAUCAUAGGGUACCACCCUGGUGCCGGGGCCCCGGUGAGCGUGGACUGCAAAGUGCAGAAAGGCAAUGAGAGUCACCUCAGGUCGGUGGAUUUCUACCCUGGGAACGGCACGUUUGAUCUCAUGUAUUACCCCUACUACGGCAAGUUCACCCAUGUGAACUACACCUCCCCUCUGGUGGCCAUGCACUUCACAGACGUGCAGAGGAAUCACUUGGUCCCCAUUCAGUGCAGGCUGAAUGGGAAAGGAAUUAUCAACGACCUGAACAGCGACCGCUUCCUGGGCCGAAUCAUCUUCACGCUCAGCAUCGGGAAGUAGCCCCUGCCAACAGCAGGCACUUAGGUUAUGUCAAUCAGAGGCUUUUUCCUUUUUAAAGCAUCAAGACAGCAUUUUUUUUCUGCUAGGAAAAACAGGCACGUGGAGAUUAUUGUUAAUUUAUUUUUGUUCGUAGUUAGGAAACCAAUGAGAUACAAUGGARUGUGGAUCCACAUUUUUCAUUGUCUGAUGUAAAUCAUUAUUAGUAAAAAUUAAAAGUUUUCCCCCCGGGCAGAGAACCUGCAAAAGGUUUCACUUUUGAUUGAAAAAGACCUCUGGUAUCCAAAUACUACUUUCACAAGGUCUUUUAUGAGUGAUCCCUGUAGAAUGCAUUUUUUUUGGCUUUAAAUUUUAAUUUUUAGCAUAGUUUUAUGUGCAUUUCUCAGGCAAAAGCUAAAAAGGAGGCAGUUUAUUAGCACUAUUCUUGUUAAAAUAAUAAACAGCAAAAAUUCUGGAUUAUGUCUGCAAUAACAGAGUUGAAAAGUGAAAAUGGAAGCUCUCAAAAUGUUUUCUAGGAUCUCUAGCCCUGAAACAUCUUGACUGCAGYAUUUUACACAGCUUGUUCAGCACACUGAAGGUGUUGGGCAAGGCCCACAUAGAAAAUCAUUUGUCCUUGAACCUUUCCAGCUGUUCCUCUCUAAAGUGGGAAGAUUAAUGCCUUUCUCCCUCCCUCUUCCUCACUCCAGUGCUUCUCCCUGCCCCAGGAAUCCUCACCCAGUGUCUUGUGCAGGGAUGAGUGAGAGGAACUCUUCUCUCUGUCACAGCUCACGGGCUGGCAGUGCCCCCUCUCAGGCACAGAAAUGCCCAAAGCUUUCAGAGCUGUCCUUCCCAGCUCCAGAGAGGYCACAGCCACAGUGCUGCAGCAAAAGGCAGGGAAUGCUCAGUCCUUUCACGGUGAAGGGGUCAGUGCUGAUGUGAGUGAAGGCAUCAGUUUAUCACCCCAAAGAUGAAGCACACCCGUCCUUGUCCRAGCAGAGCUGCCCUGAGCAGCCCCAGCUGCCUGGGCUGUGACACAGACCAGCUGCACUGGGAGCUGUGAGAACACAGCAGGACAGGACACCUUGGGCUAAUGUACUACUUGGAAAGCACACUUACUAAAAUUACUGACUGAACAGGGCCAUUCUGCUAUGUUUGUCCUACAUCCAYGGUCCAGGUUCUUUAUCUGCCGUCGUUUCCUGAUCUAUAUCGGUCUCUAAGAUGUAAUUUUUUGUAUUUAAAAUAA